UAUUCAAAACCACAGCGAACCCCACUUUUUCUUGCCCGUUUUCAUUCCGCCUCUUUGAUUCACCCUCUUUCUCUCUUCUUCCUCUCCGCUUCGAUCUGCUCCCAUGGAGAAGCUUUAAGCUCCUCCUCUCCGGAGCCGCCGUAUAGAGAGAAAGAGAUCUCGGUCGCUGCUCCCCAUGGGUUGCUUUCUUCGCUGCUUCAAGGGCCCCAAGGAUCGGAAUCGCCGUCGAUCGCCUAGGAGAUCGCCGUCCCGUGAGCGCCGGGUGAGCGAAAGCUGCCUUCAUCCGAUCCCCUCGGCGAAGCAGAUCUCCCCCAAUCCCAGCGCGCCGGAGCUUUUCCCUCCGGAGGAAGUGGUUUCUGUGGCGGUCGCUCUUCCGGUGGAGAAGAAGAAGAAGAAUAAGGAGAAUGUAGAGAAGGAGAACGCCGGAGGCGGCGGCAGGAAGAAGGUGACCUUCGAUUUAAACGUCAAGACGUAUGAACGCGUUCCUUCCGAUGAGGACGAUGAGGAGGAAGAGAAGCCGGCCAAAGGGAACAAAGACGAAUCUUAUCCAAAGUCGGGAGCAUUCCCCUCGAAUCAUAGGUACGAGAACUGUGAGAGCAGCGACGAUGACCGCGGCUGUGAAUCUGGAGAAGAUGAAGAUGAAUUUGAGAGUGAUUUCGAGAUCGGGAUCCAGGGAAACGAGGAAGAGUCCUACGAUUCCUUCUUUUCUCUACCACUCGACAAGGAUCCGCAAGGUUUACACGAGGAGGUCAGUAGUCGUCAACUCGACUCUGCAUCCGCACCUCUCCUAGGUAAGCAGUCGAUUCCCGCCGCCGGAGGCUGCGGCGGCACGCGCGACCGGAGCCAGUUCGUGCAUUCAGUGCUCAACCCCAUCGAGAACCUCUCCCAGUGGAAGGAAAUCAAGGUGCGCGCGUCGCCGGCGAAGAAUCCCGACAAACAAAACCUCGGCAACGAGCCAGAGAUCAAGGUGAAGAAGAAGAAGCCUCAAGUUCCUAAACAGGAGGUUUCGGUGGACGGCAGCCUCUCAAACUGGCUACCCUCCUCCCCGGACAAUUCCACCGCGGAGACGCCUCAGCCGAGCAAUUCUCACCUGUCGAACUCGUCGUUCAGCCGAGAGGACCGACCGAUUUUAGGCGCAUUAACCAUGGAAGAGAUCAAGCAAUCGUCGAUGACAUCUUCCCCCAGCAAGAGCCCUCCGGCGGAUGAGAUUCCAAUUCUGGGCACAGUCGGCAGGUACUGGAGCUGCGAGAACCCAGGAGAAGACACCGCUUCUUCUCGUCGUCCUUCCAGCAGACUUGCCAAAGGGAUUCCGAACACUACCAGCAAAGACAGAGAGGUUAUUUCAGGAUAAGGCCGUGAACUGGCACACGACUCCAUUUGAAGUGCGUCUGGAGAGAGCUCUCCGGAACGGCGCUGAUGCUUGAGCUUGCUAAGCUUAAAAAUUCAUGUGUGUUCUCUUCCAAAUUCAUUCUUGUUUCUUCUUUCUUGCGUGCAUCUCCAUUUGAAUGUGGAUCUUGAUUUGUAAUUUGUAAACUGUAAUCAUUUUUAUUUUUUUUUCCAUUUGGCAAUGGUAAUCUACCAGCAUAUCUAUGCAUCCCUUUUUAUUGAAAA